AACUCUCACCUGCUCUCGUACCCUCACCUUCCCUUCAUCCUUUCAGUUCACUCAGACGAACCAUGGCGCUUUUUGGCAGGAAGAAGAGUAAUAAGUCUGAGCAAAGUUCAGAUUCUGAACCUAAGAAGGAGAAGGGUAGCUGGAGGAGACCAGCAAAUACUGCAUUUAAGCAGCAGAGACUGAAGGCCUGGCAGCCUAUUCUCACACCACGAACUGUCCUUCCGACGUUCUUCAUCAUUGGUAUCCUCUUCGCGCCUAUAGGAGGCCUUCUCAUCUGGGGCAGUGGUCUGGUUACAGAAAUUACUAUCGACUACACACAGUGUGAUACCGUUGGCGGAAGUCCCACAGAUCUCCAGGACGCCAUCACGAACCACGCCGUCACCGUCCCUAAAUACAACUAUCGCCUCAGUGCCUCGGAAUCCGAUCAGCAGCCUAGCUCCGCACCAAGAUAUGCCUUCUUCAAUGACACGACCCAGACGGACGUCAGCAAGCAACAGCAGUGCAUCAUCCAGUUCGACGUCCCAUACGACAUCAAGCCGACCGUGCUCCUGUACUACAAGCUCACGAACUUCUACCAGAACCACAGGCGAUACGUACAGAGUUAUGAUGCAGACCAGUUGAAGGGCGAUGAGAGGAGCGCGUCGGAUUUGCAGAGUGGGAAUUGUAAGCCCGUGGCUGAGAUCAACGAUGGGACGUCCACGAAGGCCAUCUAUCCUUGCGGAUUGAUCGCUAACUCAGUAUUCAAUGACACUUUCAGCAACCUCACCAACGUCAACCCCGCCGAUAGCUCCACCACGACUACCAACUACACCCUCUCCGAGAACGGUAUCGCAUGGCCAGGAGAGUCAAAGAAAUACGUCACAAAGCCCUCGGGAGAUAUUUCCAACCUCGCACCCCCACCGAACUGGGCUCUCAGGUUCCCCGACGGCUACAACGAUUCCAACAUUCCUGACUUGAAAUCCGACGAACACUUCCAAAAUUGGAUGCGCACGGCCGGUCUACCAACGUUCACGAAGCUCUGGGCGCGGAACGAUGCUGACACCCUCCAGUCGGGGACGUACCAGAUCGUGGCCUAUAUGAACUUCCCUGUUAAGCCGUAUUCGGGUACGAAAUCCAUUGUCAUCUCUACGGUUUCGUGGAUUGGCGGGAAGAACCCGUUCUUGGGUUGGGCAUACGUCGCCGCUGCAUCCCUCUUCGUCUUGCUCGCUAUCCUUGGUACCAUCCGCCAUCUCCUGAAACCAAGACGUCUCGGAGACAUGAGCCUCCUGUCUUGGAACAGACAGUGAAGGACUCCCACGUACUCUACGUCUUCUUACCGACCAGGCCUCCUAUGAGCUUUCCCGUCUCGCACGACACCUUCAUCUCCACCUCCUAACCACUACCAUGAUCACCGUCGACCGUUGUCUCCUUUCACAGCUCCUCCACCUGCACAUCUUCUCCUCAUCUCUCUACCUGCCUGUCUCCGUCAAGUACAGGGCGUAGACCCCGUCGCUGAGUUCCCCGCCUUCAUCGCCUACCCACCAACCAUGUACUUUAUCGUCCUGCCCGUCCCACUCUC